CGCAGCAUAGUUAAGCGCGCUCUUUCUUGUCAUUCACUGCACCACGUUUCGGCGUUUGUUUGAUGGUAGUGUUGUUUAAAGUGUAUACAUUAAUAACAAUUAUUUUGCUGUUCGCUUGGAGAAACAAUGUCAGACAUCGUGAACAAACAAAGGAACCAGAUCUUUAUGGAUGAUCAAGGUGGAAGAACCAGGAUUUUGUAGCUAACUGAGGUACAUCAGGCACAGUUAGUGAGAAAGUCUGUGAAGUACAAGUUGACGCAGCAUCUGGCUCUUCUUCGCUAAAACAUCUCGAGUAGAUCACCAUCAUCAAUUUUUUUCCUCAUAUGCACUUCUGAUAGAUCCAUCAAAAUGCUUCCCAACGGCUGUUUAAUAUUUGAAGAUGAGAGCUUCCUUGAUUCUACUGUGGCCAAGAUGAAUGCUCUGCGUAAGAGUGGUCAGUUUUGUGAUGUCAGACUGCUGGUCUGUGGACAUGAGCUGAUGGCCCACAAGGCUGUGUUGGCUUGCUGUAGUCCUUACCUUUUCGAGAUCUUUAACAGUGACGCUGAGUUACAAAAUGGAGUCUCACUGGUCAAAUUGGAUGACCUCAAUCCGGAUGCUGUCGAGAUCUUACUCAACUAUGCCUACACGGCCCAGUUAAAGGCAGAUAAGGAUCUGGUCAGAGAUGUGUAUUCUGCAGCAAAAAAGCUUAAACUGAAGCGAGUCAAACAGGUCUGUGGAGACUACUUGUUAUCAAAAAUCGACAGCCAAAGUGCCAUUUCCUUCCGCAGUUUUGCUAGAUGCAUGAAUGAUAAUAGGCUUCUGGAAAAGAUUGACAUCUAUAUCCAGGAACAUCUUCAGGAGAUCUCAGAACAGGAUGACUUCCUUAAACUUCCUCGUCUGACGCUGGAGGUUAUCUUGGAGGAGAACUUGAGCCUGCCGGGUAAUGGCAAACUUUAUUCAAAGGUGAUUAAAUGGCUACAGCACAGUUUGUGGAAGAAUGGAGAUCCUCUAGAGAAACUGAUGGAGGAGGUGCAAACGCUGUACUACUCAGCAGAUCACAAAUUGCAUGAUGGGAGUCCGCUUGAGGGGCAGGCAGAGGCCUGCAGCUCUGAGGAUGACCACAUCCAGUUUGUGCAGAAGAAACCUCUUCGAGAGCGAGAUGAGAUGAGCAUGAGUGCCUCUGCCAGCCUCUCAACCACCUCCAACAGCCAGUUCAAUACGCAUGAAUGGAAGUACAUUGCUUCAGAGAAGACGAUCAACAACACAUACCUGUGUCUGGCUGUUUUGAGAGGCGUCCUCUGUGUGAUCUCACUGCAUGGUCACAGUAGUCCCCACAGCUCCCCAUCUCCAACUCCCUGCUUGCAGAAGAGCCUAAGUGUUGAGGAUCAGCCAGAGGAGGUGCAGGAGAGACUACUGAAGCCUAUGCUUUACGCUCGCUCAGGCCUGGGAACUGCUGAACUGGAUGGCAAACUUAUUGCUGCAGGUGGCUACAACAGAGAAGAGUGCUUGAGAACUGUGGAGUGUUACGACCCAAAAAAGGACUGCUGGACUUUUAUUGCUCCCAUGCGCAAUCCACGAGCUCGCUUCCAGAUGGCUGUGCUAAUGGGUCAGCUGUAUGUGAUGGGUGGCUCCAACGGUCAUUCGGAUGAGCUGAGCUGUGGAGAGAUGUAUAACUCUGUAGCUGACGAGUGGAGUCAAGUCCCAGAGCUCCGAACCAAUCGUUGCAAUGCAGGUGUGUGUUCCUUGCAAAACAAGCUUUUUGUGGUGGGUGGAUCUGAUCCCUGCGGUCAAAAAGGAUUGAAAAAUUGUGACAUGUUUGAUCCGGUGUCAAAAACUUGGACCUGCUGCGCUCCACUCAACAUCAGGAGGCACCAAGCGGCGGUAUGUGAAUUAGAUGGAUUUGUUUAUGUUAUUGGUGGUGCCGAGUCCUGGAACUGCUUAAAUUCAGUUGAACGCUACAAUCCCCAAAACAACACCUGGACGCUUGUGGCCCCCAUGAAUGUUGCUCGUCGUGGAGCGGCUGUGGCUGUGUUUGAAGGGAAACUUUUUGUGGUUGGAGGGUUUGAUGGCUCUCACGCUUUGCGCUGUGUAGAGGCCUAUGACCCUGUCAAGAACGAAUGGAGGAUGUUAGGAAGCAUGACGUCUGCGCGAAGCAACGGAGGGGUGGCCGUGCUAAACCGUGUGAUCUGUGCUGUUGGGGGCUUUGAUGGCAAUGAGUUUCUCAACACAGUGGAGAUUUAUGACCCUGAAGUCAAUGAGUGGAGCCCUUUUGUAGAGGCUUUCACUAAAAACUGAAAAGGGUGGGGAACUUUUUGUCCCCCAAAAAUCGAGGUUUGUAACAUAGCUUUGUUUUACUAAGAUGCUGCUGUUUUUUUUUUGUUGUUGUUGUUUUGUUUUGGUGCUGAUGAGAAGAAUGGGUGGGUAGGAUUUUGGGUUGGGGGAUUUAACUUUGAUAGAUGAUGUCACUGAGUUGCCUAGAGCAACAUUUAAGCCUUUGCAUAUUGCAUAUUUUACCAUGUAAAUAGAUUUUGUUUCGUUAUAAAUGCUAGUAAAUGAAGUCAUAUUUGGAGAUGGUAAAGUAAAUGCCAUUUUACAAAUUUUCCGAUUUAUCAGUAUGUAAUAUGAUCUGAAACGAAAGGUUCACAGCUUACUGCAGUCUGAUGCAUUUCUUAGUCUAUCAGGAGUAAUUUGACAUUGAUUCACAGUGCCUUGCUUAUUGAAGUUAAAAUACAUGUAUAGUUAAAGUCUACAUAAUGCUUAUAUGCAAAAUACAAGUAAACGCCUUGUCAUCUUGGAGAGCUGCUGCUGCUUUGGUGGAAUGGUAUCUUGCCUUUUUAUAGCUUUUUACUUGUAUCUAAGUUUCCAGGAUAGAUAACAUCAAACACAAUUAACACCAACACACAACACAUUUCUAAUCAUUUCUGUAUUUUAAGCUAUGUUAGACCUCAACUCUAAAUGGAUUUUUUUUCUUUUGGUACAAAAAAUGAUGUAUGAUUAAAUAAAGCAUUUCAACUGGA